AUGGUUAUGCCAAAGAAAACCCAAGGCCGGCAAAAGGUAGAGAUGAAGGAACUAGAUGGCAACCAGCGACAAGUCACUUUCUCAAAGCGCCGUGCUGGUCUCUUCAAAAAAGCCGGUGAGCUUUCCGUGUUGUCCGGUGCUGAAAUCGCUGUAAUCGUCAUCUCUAAGAAAGACAAGGUAUACUGCUUCGGACACCCUGAUGUUGAAACCAUUCUCAACCGCUAUCUCACCGGAGGAGACGACGCUACCUUGGCCGAGUCGUCUCAAAAGUAUGUGGCUGUGAAUGAGUUCAAUAUGCAAUAUGAUGAGGCUCAAAGGGAGUUGGCGAUGGAGAAGAAUCGUUUGAAGGAGAUUGAGGAAGAUGUGAAGAUGAAGAAGAUGACUGGGAGUGGAGGGUUUUGGUGGGACAAGCCCUUGGAUGAGAACAUGGGGUUGGAAGAGAUGCAACACUAUUUGUGGUCUUUGCAAGAGGCUCGAAAGAAAGUGGCGGCGAAGUUGGAUGAGCGAAUGAGUAUGAGGAUGGGGAAGAGUUCUUUGAUGUCUUCAAUGGAUAUGAAGGUGGAUGUGGGGAAUAAUAAUUUUGUUUAUCCCAAUUUGAAUGGUGGUAACAAUAAUGGUGGUGUUUUUGAUAGCCAUGGCUAUGGGUUUGAACUUGGACAGUAUUGA